CCCCUUCGUUUUUUGUUUUUGUUUCUGUGAACUUUAUUCUGUACACCUUUUGGUCUGUGAUGUUGCUGCGAGUUGUCCUGCUCCUGUGCCUGGCGACGGCGACGGUGCUGGGACAGCCGCAUGCCCGCGCCAGUGAUCUCUACUACACGGACAUCACGCCGGUCACCGACGACAGCCGCUACACCACCCUCAAUCCGCAGGCAGAGCUCAGAGAGCUGGACAAGGUGAAGCACUCCAAGGGCAACAUAGUCUUCACCUCCGGUGAACGCAUCGCAGGUGACCGCCUGGUGGUGAACCACUACGACGACGAGAGCUUCGCCACCGCGGUGGACAUCGAGGUGCUGAUGAGCUAUCCCGCAGGGUCGAGCACGGGCGUCACCCUCACCUGCAUCGAGAUCUACGUGGACACGACGGCCAGCGAUGCCGGCGGCUUUCUGACCAGAGGCGGCAUUGGCGACACCACAGCCGAGAUCCUGCUCACCUCCAACCUGACCCGCAGCUUCGUCUACGAGACCUUCCUCUAUGGCUACUAGAGAGCGGGCCACCCCACCACCCUGCGGCUCAGAACUCCCCAGACCCUUCUUCAGAUCAGUAUACAGAGCAACAAUAAAAGUUUCGCUUGGAACCCAGCUGUGAUCGUCCUGCCGCACACCAUUUGCCGUAGUAUCAUUAUCGUUAUUAUUAUUAUUAUUACUAUUACUUUUACUAUUAGCUUUAGAUCCUUGAAUUAAAGACGAAAAACGAAACCAACAUUUUGGA